GUAUCUUGUUUGAUUUGUCUUAACAUAUAGAUUAUUAAUAUAUAAUUUCUAUAAUUUUUUAAUAUACAAAUUACAAGAUAAAAUGGAUUAAAGAAGUGUGUUGGAUGGUGUGUAAAAAUGAAAGUGGACAAAUACUCUGGGACGGAGGAAUUGGAGAAGGUCAAUCAACUUCUAGGCCACCACUCUUUGAUGGCACCAACUACUCUUAUUGGAAGGAACGGAUGAGAAUCUACAUUCGUUACACCAACUUCCAAUUGUGGUUGGUGAUCAAAAAUGGCGAAGAAAUCCCUAUGAAGAAAGUGGGAGAAACCACGGUCCCAAAGACCGAAAACGAAUUUGAUGCCGAGGACAUCAAGAAGAUUGAAAACUAUGCAAAGGCCAUCAAUAUGCUAUAUUGCGCGGUCAACCCCGAUGACUACCGAAAGAUCUCGUGUUGCAUAACCGCCAAGGAGAUGUGGGACAAGCUUGAAGUGACGUACGAAGGUACCGAUCAAGUUCGCGAAGCGAAGAUCGAUUUUCUCACCCAAGAGUACGAAAUAUUCCGGAUGAAAGAAGGUGAGAAAAUUGAUGACAUGUUCGACCGGUUUUCAAAGAUCAUCAACGACCUUCAUGCUCUCAAAAAGACUUACACCAACAAGGAUCUCUUGAGGAAAAUCCUGCGAAGCCUCACACCCGAAUGGAGGUCAAAAGCCGAUGCAAUCUAUGAAUCCAUUGGAGUCUCCAACAUCACCAUCGACGGGCUAAGAGGUAACCUUAAAACCUAUGAAUCUACUAUUCUAACCCCGUCUUUGGAUGAACAAAAGAAAAAGGGGAUAGCUCUCAAAGCCACCAAGGAACCGGUGGAAGAGGCUUCAAGCGAUGACGACAAUGAAUUCGGGCUCGUCAUCAAGAAGUUCCACAAGUUCAUGAAGAAGGAAUUUGAGCNGAGCAAGUCGCUAAACUUGAGAGCACGGGCAGGAGCUUCCGGCAAAUCCAAGGCCAAAUCCCGGGCGCCUACGACAUCUACCGAAGAACGCCUCUACUACGGUGACGGGUCAUACCUUUGGUUUGAUUCCGAGGAGGAACGCACCCGUUUCCUCACCUUCUUCUCUAAACGGGUUGUGGCUCCCCCACGGAUCAUCUCGGAGCGCUACCCGGAGUUGCAGGGCUACGACGACCUAGACGCACAGCUUCAUCAAGCCCACCUUUGGCCUUUCGUCUCCCGGGCUCGGAAGGAGAUCAACCCGGCGCAGAUUCGGGUCUUCUACUCCAACCUCCGGCGUGAGGGCGACGUGCUCUACUCUCUUGUCAAGAGCACGCCGAUAGAGCUUUCAAUUGAGCAGCUUGGGCGCAUCGCCGGCCUCCCCUACCAAGGCGAUGACGUCUCCCACUAUGGCGGAGAGGACUGGGUGCUCAACAACGAGGGCCUUAUCCUCAACGAGCUUGGCAUCACCGAGCUCAUCUGCCAUGCCUUGGGCCGCCCCACCAUCCACUCCGCUAACCCCGAAGGCCGUCUUCUUCUCUACAUCGUAAAUCCAAAGUUCAUGGCUAUGGCGGUGGAUUUAGGAAGGGAAUUGGUAAGGCAAAAAAUUAGACUUACCUAUGGAGGAGGCAACGUUGGCCUUCAAGGAGCUGUUGCUUCAACAGUCUAUACCAAUGGUGGUAUAGUUAGAGGCUUCAUACCAGGGUACAUAGCAGCACGACAGGUCUACGGACCUACGUAUGGUGCAGAAUACACAGUUUCAAGCAAUUACUAUAAGCAUUUCGAGAUGAAUCAUGUAGUGGAGGCCUUCAUCGUACUUCCUGGAGGGAUUGAUACUAUGGAAGCAAUCCGAUCGUCUUCAGUCUACAUGAGGAUCUUUGACAGCAGCUUCGCGAAUGUUAUUCAACAUUAGGCGUUUCUUCAUAGUCGUGUUACUUCUAUGCAACUUUGCGAGAUAGAUCAGCUUCCUCAACCGCGAUGUUGAUAACGUAUCACAAUUUUUUUCUUUUUAUUCUUUCGUCUCUUCACCGAGUACAAAAAAUCUACUUGAGUCUAUGCUCAAUAUAAUUUCAAUACUAACAAUUAUUAUCUAAUGAGAAUUUUAACAAAGUCAAUAUUUAUCUAAUAAAUUCUCAUACCUUUC